GUGGCUUAAGAUAUACAGUGAUGAGUUAUUUUGAUAAGAGAAUAGGAAACCAAUCUAGCAAACUAUCAAAGGAUCUUCUACAGUUAGUAGAACGUAAACAAUCUAAUUUAUGCGUCUCCGUCGACUUCAACACCAAGGACAGUCUUCUUAAGAUGGUUGAGGCUGUUGGUCCAUACGUUUGUAUGAUAAAGACUCAUGUAGACAUUAUCAGCGACUUCGAUAUCGAUUUAGUCGAAAAACUCAAAGAGUUAUCUGUUAAAUAUGACUUUUUAAUCUUUGAAGAUAGAAAGUUCGCCGAUAUUGGUAACACUGUCUCACUUCAAUACAGCUCAGGUGUGCACAAAAUAGCUGACUGGAGUCACAUCACAAAUGCACAUGCUCUCCCAGGUGAUGGUAUUGUCAAAGGAUUGAAGAAAGUUGGUUUAGAAAAGGGUAGAGGUUUGUUAUUGCUAGCUCAGAUGUCUUCUGAAGGUAGCUUGGCUGUGGGUGACUACACAAAAGCUUCAUUGGCGAUGGCACAACGUCACAAAGACUUUGUUAUCGGUUUCAUUGCACAAGAAAAGCUCGGCGGUGAAAAUGAUGACUUCUUGAUUCUCACACCAGGUGUGGGAUUAGAUGUCAAAGGUGACGGUAUGGGCCAACAAUACAGAACACCAGAGGAGGUUAUCAAAGCCGGUACAGAUGUCAUCAUCGUUGGUAGAGGCGUUACAGGCAGCCAAUCAACCGUUGAUUACCAAAAGGCUGCAGCAGAAGCUCAAAGAUACAAAAAAGCAGGUUGGGAAGCACUCACAAAGGUUCAUGGUUUGUAAUAAAAAGGAAAAUAUCUUAUAGAGCAUUCUACUAUAAAUCUUUGUAUAAUGUGUCUUCUAAAUGGCAUUAAGUUCAUUGCAAUUUCAG